UCCCGCCCUGCCUCCUCCUCCACAGGAUCGAGAGAGACAAGCAGUUUGCCCAGAAGGCGGCAGAGAGAGCCAGUCUGCGAGUUCACAUGAGGGACAAAUACCGACUGCCACAGAGUGAGAAGGACGAUGCUCAGAUUCAGAUAGUGGGUGGAGACGUGGAUCUGCCCGAGGACCUCGCCAAGAUGGUGGAGCAGGAUGAGGAAGAGGAGGAGAUCAACGACAGCCUGCUGGGAAAGAUCCAGAACAUGGACUUCGACGCCAUCAAGACCAAAGCACAGACCACGCUGACUGAGAUGAAAGAGGCGGCCGAGGAGAAGUGUACUGUCAUGUGACCAGCAGGCAGACAGACAGACAGACAGACAGACAGACAGGCUCACUGCCUGCGCUCCCCAGCUGGGCUGGGCAUUCAGCUGCUGAACAAUCACUGCACGGCACCAAUCUGUGUUAUUCCCUCCCCAAGGUGACCGGUUCAACAGUACACUAUAUAAGUCAUGUCCUUAGUCCAGGGGUGGCCAAAGUUGGUCCUUCCAGUCCU